AUGGGUGAAGAAGCUCAGCCGCAGGAGAUGGCAUCCACGAGCUCCCCGCGGGCCGGGGAGCCCAGCCCCGGGCUCAAACAGAACAGGGGCUCUGAGGCGAGCGGGGGCAGCCUUCAGAACCGGCCUAUGGAGCAUCACUUCGCAUGUAAAGAGUGCGGGGAUGCCUUUCGGCUUAAGGUCCUCCUCGUGCAGCACCAGAGAAUUCACAGUGAGGGGCAGGGCUGGAAGUGUGGUGAUUGCGGGCAGGUCUUCAGGGGGGUCUCAGAGUUCAAUGAGCACCGGCUGGGCCACGUGGCCGCAGAGCCCCAGCCUGGCCCUAGCCGAGCCCCGGAAGAUGCUCCGGAGAGAAGGGAGCAAAUGGAGAGGGAGGCGAAGCCUUUCGAGUGCGCGGAAUGUGGGAAGAGGUUUAAGAAGAACGCAGGCCUCAGUCAGCACCUGCGGGUGCACAGCCGGGAGAAGCCCUUUGACUGUGAGGAGUGCGGGCGGUCCUUCAAGGUGAGCACGCACCUCUUCCGCCAUCAGAAGCUGCACACGGCCGAGAAGCCAUUCGCCUGCAGGGCGUGUGGCCGCGAGUUCCUGGAUCGCCAGGAGCUUCUCAAGCACCAGCGGGCGCACACCGGCCACCUGCCCUUCGACUGCGACGACUGCGGCAAGUCCUUCCGCGGCGUCAACGGCCUGGCCGAGCACCAGCGCAUCCACAGCGGCGCCAAGCCGUACGGGUGUCCCCACUGCGGCAAGCUCUUCCGCAGGAGCUCGGAGCUCACCAAGCACCGGCGCAUCCACACGGGCGAGAAGCCGUACGCGUGCGGCGAGUGCGGCAAGGCCUUCCGGCAGAGCUCCAGCCUCCUGGAGCACCAGCGCAUCCACACCGGCGAGCGGCCCUACGGCUGCGGCGACUGCGGCAAGGCCUUCCGGGGGCCGUCCGACCUCAUCAAGCACCGGCGCAUCCACAGCGGCCUGAAGCCGUACGAGUGCGACAAGUGCGGGAAGGCCUUCCGGAGGAGCUCGGGCCUGAGCCGCCACCGGAGGACCCACAGCGGAGCGAGGCGCUGCGAGUGCAGCGCGUGCGGCCGCGUGUUCAAGAGGCGCUCGGCGCUGCAGAAGCACCAGCCCACCCACCACGACUAGACGAGGCCCCCGGAGGCGGCGGCUGCCGGCGGGCGCGGCGGGGGCGAGUCCCUGGAGGGGCAGGGCAGAGUC